AUGGGAUACAGCAGCAGGUCUGUAGGGGGUGGUAGAGGCUUUGGCAGCAGUUCCAUGUUCGGAGGAGCAGGAGGAAGUCAGGUCCGCAUCUCCAGCGGGUCUUCCCUGUACUCGGCCGGAGGGGGUGGAGGCAGUUACGGUGGGGGAUUGGGAGGAGGGGCUUUUGGCGCAGGGGGUGGGGCUUUCGGCACAGGGGGAGGUUUCGGAGGCGGGGAUAUGGACGUUUCAGCCAAUGAGAAGGCGACAAUGCAGAACCUGAACGACCGAUUAGCCACGUACCUAGAGAAGGUGCGGCUCCUAGAGGCGACAAAUGCCGAGCUGGAGGCAAAGAUCCGCGGCUUUUUAGACAUGAAGAGCUCCCCCUCGGCCCGGGACUACAGCGCCUACUACCAGAGAAUCGCGGAACUGCAGGGCCAGAUCCUGGAGGCCACAAUGGUGAAUGCUGGUUUUUAUCUUGCCGUGGACAACGCCAAACUGGCGGCUGAUGACUUCAGGACAAAGUACGAGAACGAGCUGAACAUGCGUCAGUCUGUGGAGGCCGACAUCGCAGGGUUAAAGAGGGUCCUGGACGAGCUCACCAUGACACGCUCAGACCUGGAGAUGCAGAUUGAAGGACUGAAGGAGGAACUCAUCUUCCUCAAGAAGAACCAUGAGGAGGAUCUUCUGGGCAUGCGCUCCCAGAUGAGUGGUCAGGUGAACGUCGAGGUGGACGCUGCUCCUCAACAAGACCUCAGCAAAAUCAUGGAGGAGAUCCGAGAACACUACGAGGCUGUUGCUGCUAAGAACCGCAAAGAAUUGGAGGGAUGGUACCAGAACAAGACUGAGGACUUGAGCCGUGCGGUCGAGGACCAGACUCAGGAGAUGCAGACCACCAAGUCCGAGAUCACGGAGCUGAAGAGAACUCUGCAGGCGCUGGAGAUAGCACUACAGUCCGAGCUCUCUAUGAAAGCCUCUCUGGAAGGAACCCUGGCAGAAACACAGAACUCCUACAGCCAGAAGCUCAACAGUUUCCAGAACAAGGUCUCUGCUAUGGAGGAGCAGUUGGUCUCUCUUAGAGCUGACUCAGAGCGACAGGGGCAGGAGUACAGCAUUCUUCUCGACAUCAAGACUCGGUUGGAGAUGGAGAUUGCAGAAUACCGCCGCCUGCUGGACGGAGAGGGGAUGGGCAGCUCCUCCUCCUCUUCCUCCAUGACCAUCUCCUCCUCCUCUUCCUCAGGACUCAGGACUAUGUCUGGACUGGGUCGGGACGGGUGGCGGGAGCGGGUCUGA